CCUGCGCAGUGGGGUCGCGCGCGGCAGCUGCGCUCCGGGGAGGGUCCCGGCGGCCGCUGCCCAUGGCGGACCCGCGGGCCGAGUGGGAGCCCCUUCUGGGCCGGGCCCCGGGCGGCAGCGGCCACGCCUGGGCGGCGGGCUCAGCGGCUUGCCGCAGCGUUCGCGGCGACCCUGGUGCUGCGUCCCGGUGGGAUCUCUGCUUUGACCAGGCUACUGUGUUCAUCGAAGAUGCAAUCCAGUAUCGUUCCAUUAACCACCGCAUGGAUGCCAGGUCGAUGUGGCUUUACCGGUUGUAUUACUCGAACACGUGCCAAUGGAUAUUGAGCUUCACCAUUUUCUUGAUCCUGUUUUUGGCUUUUAUUGAGACCCCUUCCUCGCUCACAAGCACUGCGGAUGUCCGCUACCGCUCGCCCCCCUGGGAUCCACCAUGUGGCCUGACCGAGAGCAUCGAGGGGCUCUGCCUUCUGGUCUUUGUGGCCGACGUCUCUGUGAAGAGCUACCUGGUUGGCUGGGCCCAGUUCCAGAAGAACCUCUGGCUGCUGGCCUACAUGGUGGUGCUGGUCGUGUCUCUCAUGGACUGGAUCGUGUCACUGGGUCUGGUUUGCCAGGAGCCCCUGCGGAUUCGUAGGCUUUUGCGCCCCUUCUUCUUGAUGCAGAACUCGUCCAUGAUGAAGAAGACGCUCAAGUGUAUCAGGUCAUCACUGCCGGAAAUGGCCAGUGUCAUGCUGCUGCUGGCGCUCCACCUGUGUGUCUUCACCAUGUUUGGGAUGCUGCUGUUCACAGGCGAGAAGCAGGAUGAUGGGCAGGACCGGGAAAGGCUGAUCUACUUUCGCAACCUGCCGGAGGCUCUGACCUCCCUGCUGGUGCUGCUGACCACUGCCAAUAACCCCGACGUUAUGACUCCUGCGUAUUCCAGGAAUCGGGCCUAUGCCAUCUUUUUCAUAGUCUUCACCCUGAUAGGAAGCUUGUUUCUGAUGAACCUGCUGACGGCCAUCAUCUACAAUCAGUUCCGGGGCUACCUGAUGAAGUCUUUCCAGACCUCCUUGUUCCGGAGGCGGCUGGGAGCCCGGGCUGCUUAUGAGGUCCUCUCCAAGACCACGGAGGGGGAAGCCCAUCCUCAACGAGUUGGGGUGAAGCCCCAGGACUUCCUGCAGGUGCUUCAUAAGGUCCAGCUGGACAGCGCCCACAAACAGGCCAUUGUGGAGAAGGUGUGUUCCUAUGGUGAUGACCUGCUGUCAGCUGACGAGUUUCAGAAACUCUUCAAUGAGUUUGACAAAAGGGUGAUCAAAGAGCACCCUCCGCGGCCCGAGUACGGGUCUCCCUUCCUGCAGAGUGCCCAGUUCCUCUUCAGCCACCGCUACUUUGACUACCUGGGGAACUUCAUCGCCCUUGGGAACCUUGUGUCUGUUUCUGUGUUCCUGGUGAUGGAUGCAGAUGUGCUGCCCGAGGACCGUGACGACUUCGUCCUAGGGAUCCUCAACUGUGUCUUCAUCCUGUACUACGUGCUGGAGCUGCUUCUGAAGGUGUUCGCCCUGGGCCUGCCGGGGUACCUGUCAUACUCCAGCAACCUGUUUGAUGGCCUCCUCACCGUCGUCCUGCUGGUUUUGGAGAUCUCAACUCUGGCUGUGUACCGAUUCCCACACCCAGGCUGGAAGCCAGAGAUGCUGGGCCUGCUGUCGCUGUGGGACAUGGCCCGGCUGGUGAACAUGUUCAUCGUGUUCCGGUUCCUGCGCAUCAUCCCCAGCAUGAAGCUAAUGGCUGUGGUGGCCAGUACCAUCCUGGACCUGAUCAAAAACAUGCGGGCUUUUGGCGGGAUCCUGGUGGUAGUGUACUAUGUCUUCGCCAUCAUGGGCAUCAACCUGUUCCGUGGUGUUGUCGUGGCUCCCCCUGGAAAUGGCAGUCUGGCCCCUGACAACAGCUCAGCACCCUGCGGAAGCUUCGAGCAGCUGGAGUAUUGGGCCAACAACUUUGAUGACUUUGCGGCCGCCUUGAUCACUCUGUGGAACGUGAUGGUGGUGAACAACUGGCAGGUGUUCCUGGAUGCCUAUCGGCGCUACUCGGGCCCGUGGUCGAAGAUCUACUUUGUGUUGUGGUGGCUGGUGUCAUCUGUCAUCUGGGUCAACCUGUUUUUGGCUCUGAUUCUGGAGCAUUUUCUUCAUAAGUGGGACCGCCGUACUCACCUGCAGUCUCUUGCCGGGGACCAGGAGACCAGCUAUCAGAUGAGCGUGGAGCUUCUAUUUAGGGACGUCCUGGAGGAGCCAACGGAGGAGGAGCUGGUGGAGAAGCUGAGCCACCAUCCGCACCUGCAGCUGUGCAGGUGACAUCCAGGUGCGCCGUCCUGGCAAGGGUGGCAGAUGGCGAUGUGGCCUCAGGAGAUGCCAGUUGUGGGAGGUGGCUGGCUAUAGCCCAGGAGAGACUUACCCUCAAACAGACGGACAACGAUGGGAGCUACUCCACCCGCCUGAGGCUGGGGUAGACGUGCAGGCCCUGGUUUGCUGCCAUUGAGCAGAACCACUACUCACCACCAGUUUUUCUUUGCAGCCCCUCGGAAUGGGGCGCCUGUGCUUUGGGUGGCCUCUGCACCAUGCUGCUCUCUUAUAAGCUGCUUUGGUGGGACUUUGACUUUUCUAAAUGCAGAAGAGAGUGACUCCGCAGGGACCUUUCAGACCGUCUGGGAAGCUGGAAGCAGCGGCCUUCCUUUCGGGCCCUGCCAUUUCUAUGGUGCCUUCACUGCUGGUGGCCUUCAGGGACCAAAGCUGCCUGCCCCCCCCCCCCCCCGGGGACCUACAUAGGCCAACUGGCAGCUUUCCAGGGCAUUAAGUUGGGGAUCCUGGUGGUUUUACGUAAGGAGAAUCUUAACUAUUUUGUUAUUUUAUGGCUCAUAUGAGUGUGAUUGGGUGUAUGUCUUCAUGGUCAGAAUGCCAAUAAUUUUUAUCCUGAAGUCUUGGAAAGAAUGAGGUCGUUGUUCUUAUUGGGACACAACUCCAAUCCUGCUUCUCUCUGGAACAGGGUGGCCAGGUAAGGUUGUUUAGGUUGUGCGCUGCAAACCUGGUUGCAAGGGUGUGUCCAGCCUUUGGUACGUCUCCAGGGUGAAGGAUACUUUUUUCUAAUUUGCACCAAAGCACGUGUGAGUCAGUGGUGGCUCUCCCUAUAGGUCCAUAGGGUGUGUGGCAGAGGAGGCUAGUAGGUCAGGGAGGAGGGAAAGCAAAUAAUGUGUGAGAGGCCACAUUGGUGCUCGAGCUACCAUGGGUCCAGAUUAACAAAUGGUUGUCUCUUUAUAAGGGCUGACUUGAGUGAUGGGUGGGAGCUCCUGGAGGUCCCUGUUGAGGAUUGGGAUCCUCAUGGGAGUAACUCUGGGAUUGAUUAGUGAUGUCUGCUCUGGGCCCUCAUGGGGGUGGGGGGUGGUGGUCACGAAAGCACAGGCGCUGACUCCAGUGGGGGGAGAAGUCAUCUCUGUCUUCCAGCUUCUCAGGGAGUGGAAUUGGAGGAAAGUGACCAGAAAAAGGCACCCCGGGGCUCGGUUGUGUCACGUACACAUUGCACUUUCAGACUCUGGAGUUCGGAUCCUGGGUGUUGAUGUGCUACCCCUUGGGUCUGGGGGAUCCUUGGGCAUAGUGCGGCCACUCUCAGACCUGUCCCCUCUGCAUGCUGCCUUCUGGGAAGGCUGGUUGGGUGGGGAGCACCUCAUAGAGCAGCGACGUAGCAGCUUGCAUGCCCUGGGGACAAGGGUGAGGGCCUGGCAGCUGUGUGCACUCUACUGCCAGCCCCUCAUCCCCUACCCCCAAGGUCUGAGCGCCAUCUGGUGGCAGGGUCAGAUUCACUUUUAGUGCAGGCUGGACCCCCUGACCCCCAGGGCUGGCUCAUUGCUUUUCCCAGGCCAACUGGGGCCAUGGAGCGUGGCCUCUCGGCCUGGGCUGCAGGCUUGUCCACCUGGAACAAGCAGUUGCAGUGGGUGCUCGCCAGAUAGGAUGUCACGCUCCCUGCCCUGCCUUGUGCAGGGCCCAGCUCUGACUGAAGGUUUUCUGCCUUCUGUUUCAUGGCUUGUGUGCAGAGGAGCCCCCUCUGGUGAUUACUGUCACGUGGCACAGAGUUCUGGAGGACCCACAUUGCACUCUGGGAGACUGUGCUGUUCAGAAGCUGGCUCUGCCCUUGGGAUGGGGUAACCGAAGCUGGUGCCCUUGUGCUGGUGUCUUCUGACCACAAGCUGGUGUCUCUUGGAUACUCGGGGUGGGGAGGGGGCACUGACUGUCCCCUUCCAUCAGUUUCAAAUGGUAUCAGCUUCCAAGCCUUUGUCCCCUUGAGAACCAGGGCUGAAUUCAUGGUUGAGCUGGAGCUGAGCUUUUGGUUAAGGAGAGCGGGUCGGGUGGGGGGCGUCUGGCCUGCAGCUCCCACCUGGGUGCUGCACUGAGAGAGAACGUGCACUCACCUCUCAGACAAACCCUUGCAGCUCUGGUCGGGGCUCGUGUUUUCUGUGGCUGCGGUGGCUCCCUCAGCAUUCUGGCUGGCUUCAGGUGCAGGGGGCUUAGCCCUGCUGGACUCUGGAGUCACCCAGGGCCAGGCAGGAGUCUGGGACACCUGGAGUGGCAUCACUGCCCCAGGGGAGUGGGGAGGAGGUGGGAGCAGGAGGCUGCUGUGCUCGGAGGAGCCCUGUGGUUUGGGGCAGGCUCCAAGGAGGGGCCUGUUUGUCCACAGGCUGGGGGGCCCUGGCCUGCUGUCAGCAAGGAGCUGAAUGGAGGCAGGUGGUCUGGUGGAGGGGGGAGGCCCAGGGAGUGAAGGGAAGGGUCUGGAGUGCCCAUUGGGGCAGGCCUGGAGGAGGGCAGGGUGGUGUGGGUGCCUGUGGGUGACGGUGGGCUCAGAGCUGCACACACCCAACAGCAGGACCUUGGGUCCUGGUCAUUGAUGGCCCUGGGGUCGGGUUUGGGGGCAAGGCAGGUGCGUGGGUGGGCAGCAAAGCCCCAGCCUGCCUGGGAGGCCUGAAUGCUGCCCAGCUGGCACUUGCAACCUCCACAUUGAAGGGUUCUCACCUCCCUUCCUGCCCAGCUCAGGGCCACCAGCUGCCCUGGGCCUCUGCAGGUGAGCUCCUCAGGGGUCUUGGUGCCACCUGCCUGCCUCCACUGACCAGGAAGGGCUGCAAAGGGGCCACUUCCUCUCCCCUUGAGGAUCCGCAUGGAGGCUUUUGCCCCCACCCCCUGCCCCUGGGGAGCCCCUGGAAGAUUCUGAGGGGAAGAUUCUGGAGCCCCUGCCAUUUCUGAGGCUGAGGAGCACAGAGGUCACGAGUUUGCUCAUGUUUAACAUGGAAGCAGCCUCAGACUUAGAGAAAAGUUGCAAGUAGAACUUUCUUCUGGAAUCACUGGGGCGGGGGGGAGGUUGUGGUUCCAAUGCCCUUCACACUCCGUGCUUAGGAAGGGCUUCCAGCAGACAGGCACAUGGGAGUGGGGUCACCCCAGUUCCUGCUGGCUGGCACUCCCUCCACUCAUGGCCAUUCUGAGCCUCCAGUUAGGUCCCUCAGGCCUCAGGUCCCUCAGGCCCCAGGGUCGCCUGUAAUCUUCCCGGACAGGUGACCUCGGCACUUGAAGGUCAGCCAGUGAUUGUGUAGGAAGGUCCCCAGGUUGGGUUCAUGCGAGGUGUCCUUGUGAGCUUGUUUCUCUGGUUUUUGUAGGAAUAUCACAGAAGUGCAUCCUGGCAGGUGGCAUGAGUUUCAGUUUGCUCCAUGGCUGGUGCCCACCAUGACACUUGGUGUCAGCAGUGGUGGCUGGGCUGCCUGGCAUAAAGUUACUCCUCCUCCCUUUGUGAUGAACAGGGUGCCCCGAAGCUAUGUGAGCAUCCACCUCACCAAAUUUCCUUUAGUUUCUCCUCUCUCCUGUGCUCAUCUGUGCACACUGUGCUUUCUUCCAUUCAGUGGGCUACAUGCAGUCUGUUGCUGUAUUUUAUUUCAUGCUCAAAUUCUCCUUUGGCCAGUGGGAACUGCUUCAUCUAGUUUUUGCGUCCAUUUGCUAGGACCUGUCAUCUUUUGAAUGCUUCUUUGCUUUCUGGCAGGAAAAGAUGUUCUGGGCUCAUGUUGUGCCUUCUCUGCCCCAGCCCUGGACGCUGUUCCUUUAAGCAAGAAUAGCAUCCAGGAACCAAGAUGUAGGUGUGAGGUGUGCCUACUGCAUGGGUAUUGCUGUGCCCAGGUUCUCUUGGUAGAUAGAACUAGGGUAUAUAUACAUGCAUCUGCCUAUGUGACUGUCCAUCUGUCCAUCCAUUGGUCCUUCAUCCGUCUAUCCAUUGAUCUGUCAAUCCAUCUAUCCAUCCAUAUGUCGGUCAUCCAUCCAGCCAUCCAUCCAGCCAUCUGCUGGUCCAUCUGUCCGUCCAUCCAUCUGUUGGUUCAUCCAUCCAUCCGUCUGUCUCUCUCUGUUGGUCCAUCUCUCCAUAUGUCCAUCUGUCCAUCUGCUGGUCCCUCCAUCCAAAUGUCCAUCUGUCCAUUGGUCAUCCAUCCAUCCAUUAGUCCAUCUGCCCAUCUAUCCAUUCAUUCACCCAUCUGUUGGCCCAUCCAUCCAUCUAUCCAUUGGUCCAUCCAUCCAUCCAUCCAUCCAUCCAUCCAUCCAUCCAUCCAAUCUAUUGACAACUAUGAGAUCAUGCUGAUACUCCAUUUUCAGACCAACGCCACAGGGCACAUCUGGUUUUCUCUCUCUGUGGUUGCUAACCCUUUUUUUCCCUGAAUGGUUCGCAUUUUCCUUCAUCUGUGCACUCACUUGCUUAUUUCUCUUGUAAAUUCUCAUCUGCCACUGCCACCUCCUCCCCACAGAGAUGCCCUCCUCACCCCAUGUGGGCGCCCUUUGGAUGCCCUCCAACCACAAACCUCUAGGAAAGAGCUUUCCAGAUGGAGAGAUGGUAUUGUCAGGCCCUUUAAAAUUAGGAGUAACAAAAUUAGAACCUGGCCAGCUCGUUAAAAUCAAAUAAAUAUGUAAAAAGUGUAAACAUUAGAAAAAAUAUAUCUCUUUAUUCAUAAAUAACAUGAUUGUCCAUAUAGAAAGGCUACAAUCAUUGAACAGUAAGAAUUUGGCAAAAUGGUUUGCUGUGAGAUUGAUACACUGAAAUAAAUUGUUUUUAUAGAACAUUAGCAACAAACUCAUAAAUUUCUUUUUAAAAGAUACUGAAAAAAGUAUUUAUGUGAGAGUAAAACCUUCAGGGUCUUAAAGUUAACAUUGAACAAGUGAUGUUCAAGGUCUUUAUACAGAAAACUAUAAAAUGUCAUUAAAAUCCAGGACUGUGGGCUUGAGGGGAGAAUGCUGAAUACCCAGUUACCACAUGGCAGCCUCAGACACUCGGCGCUUACCUGCUCUUGGCUCUGCAGGCCGCACUUCGCUGGGUCCUCUUCACGGCUGGCCUCUGGCUGGGCUCCUGGGUUCUCCGGGAGACCCAUUCUGGUUGUCAGCCGAAUUUGGUUUCCAACGUGAAAAGGCUGGGGCUGUAGGUGAUAGCACUUGACCUGACCCCAUUUCCUUGUUGGCUGUCCGCAAAGGGCUGCUCCUAGGACCUGGAAGCUGCUGCGUUCCCUGCUACAGGGCCCCCAGCCCUCAGAGUUAGCAACGGAGAACCUGCUGUGAAUCUAAUCCCUCACCCUUUGUGCCUCUGCUGCAGGAAGAGCCCUGACCCUUUAUGGGUUCGCCUGAUUAGGUCAGGCCCACCAGGAUACCCUCCCUUUCUUGAAGUCAGCUGUGUCAUAGUUCAGCACCCAACCCCAGGAGUGACUGUGGCAUCAUAGUCACGGGUCUGCCCAAGCCUGGUGGGAGGGCCAUAUACAGUGGUGAGGGUCACUGGGCGGCAGCUCAGAAUUCUACCACAGUUGUCCUGUUCGUGGCCAGAAAGUUGGUAUUAUCAAUAGGUCCAUUGUCCCCUGACUAAUCCAUAGAUUUGUUAAAGUUCUAAACAUAAUCUUGGGAUCCCUGGGUGGCGCAGCGGUUUGGCGCCUGCCUUUGGCCUGGGGCGCGAUCCUGGAGACCCGGGAUCGAAUCCCACAUCGGGCUCCCGGUGCAUGGAGCCUACUUCUCCCUCUGCCUAUGUCUCUGCGCCUCUCUCUCUCUCUGUGACUAUCAU